AUGAAACUAGAUAGCCAAGUUCUGCCAUCCACGUCAUCAUCUUCAACUUCAUUCUCACAACAACAAGAAAUCGCAUUACCCUCUUCUCUCAUUCACACACACACACACACUCUACCCUCCACCACCACCCGUUGAAUUUGGCGCCUUCUGCUUCUCAGUUUCCGGCGACGACGACGUUUCCUCGCCGGAUUCGAAUCGGAAUCAUCAUCAUCCCCUCUGGAUUUCUUAUUGAAGAUGAGACGCUCUGCAGCCAAAAAAACGGGUCAAUCCAAUUCCACCCCUUCCGUCAAUUCCUCCGCCGCGGAUCUCUUCCGCUCCGCUUCAAGUAAAGCAAGCUCAAAGGAAUCGGAAAGAAUUGAUAGUCUGUUUUAUUCAUAUGCCAAUGGAUCUUCUAGUUUGAUUGACCCAGAAGGAAUUGAAACACUUUGUGCUGAUAUGGAGAUAGCCCAUACUGAUGUGAGGAUCUUGAUGCUUGCAUGGAAAAUGAAAGCUGAGGAGCAAGGAUAUUUUACCUUGGAUGAGUGGAGGAGAGGCUUAAAAGCACUAAGGGCUGAUACAGUUAGUAAAUUGAAGAAGGCCCUUCCAGACCUAGAAAAAGAGGUCAGGAGGCCAUCAAAUUUUGCAGAUUUCUAUUCUUAUGCUUUCCAAUAUUGUCUAACAGAGGAGAAACAGAAAAGCAUUGACACAGAGAGCAUUUGUGAAUUACUUGCUCUCGUUUUGGGUUCAACAUUUCCAGCCCAAGUCAACUUAUUUGUGGAAUAUUUGAAGGCUCAAGCUGAUUACAAGGUCAUAAACAUGGAUCAAUGGAUGGGAUUUUUCCGGUUUUGCAAUGAGAUAAGUUUUCCAUCACUUAAUGACUAUGAUCCUGAUCUUGCCUGGCCCUUGAUCUUGGAUAAUUUCGUUGAUUGGCUGCGAGCAAAGCAAACGUAACUGAGCACUCCUUUAGUUAGAGGAACUGGCAGACUGCUAUAUCAGACAGCUGGGAUGCUUAAGGCUUGUUUAUUGUACUUAGCAUGUUAUUGUAAUUCUGUUGGCCCAAUUUCUUAAUGGGCAUUCUAAACAAAAAUUAUUGUUACUUUUUCUUUAUAUUUUCCAUUUCAUCCCAUAGAUGCAGUUAAAGGCUAGAUACAAGCCUGUACUAUCUUGACAAAAAAUUAGCUUGUAAUCUUCAAUCUUUGGUCAUCAUCAAUGCCGACAUCUUCUAUCCUAUUCAUAUCA